AUGCCUUGUCAGGAUCUCAACGGCUUAAAUUCAAUGGUGAAGGCUCCUGAAGGCACCAUUUUUCCGUCUUCUUUACAUAAACGGGAAUCUAAACAUACACAAUGUCACUCAUUCCCUCAUGAAAUCACAGAAUUGAGUUACUUCAACGGUGUUGGUGACCCUUCCUCAUCCAGUGACUCCUUUCGUCGGUUUAACGGCGCCGGACUCGGGUCAGAUCCCAGUCAUAAUAACUGUUCCACGAACUGUCCCCACUCGGAGUGGUGCCUUUCCUUGGAGAAGGAGCUCGUUAAAGUCAGGCAGAAUCUUACAAAAGCGAAAAUGAUCAACGUUUCAUCAGAUCAAAAGAUGAUAGAGAACGAGGCCCUUAAGGAUGAAAUCCGUCUGCUUCGAGUGCGGUUGGAGGGCGUGGAGAACACCCUUCAGGUGCAGAAAAAAACCACGGCCUCAGUGCACAAAAGGUCUUCACAUCGGGAUGGCGAUGCUACUGAGUCUUGUUCAACGCGUAAUAGGUUGCUGCAAGCUUGGCGAUACCAGGUAAUUCGGCUUUUAAUGGAACGGGUGGCACAAGAAGAGGUUUUUGCCAGGGCAAAGAAGGAUACAGAUGAUCUGCUCAACACUCAGAAGGAGCAGAUAACGGAGCUGGAGACACUAAACCAGGCUCUUAAUUGUAAACUCGAGGCACAAUCCCCUGUCUUGAACUCAAAUUUUAGGAAGGUUGAGGACUACUCCAAAGAAAUCCAGACUUCUAACAACUCAAACACCUGUUUGAAUGAAUGCACAAAGUCAGCACUGACCCGGCUUCAUGCUGAUCUAAUUGCCAUGAACGAGCAGUGGAAUCGCGUUUUUACGGACGAUGGGAACACUGACUCCUCGCCAUUAAUGCAACGUCUUCGACGACUAGAAAGGCGAAUACAGUAUGUGAGCGGACGUCUUCCUAUGGUUCGAGUGCUCCUUUCUCAAAAGCGAGUAGAGCGCAUGAGUUGUGGAGUACAAGUGUAUGGCACCCUUCGUCUCCCUCCUAUCAACGCUGCUCUUCCCACUAACGUGGAGGACUUAAAAGAGAUGGUUUUGGCUGCUCAGAAUGAACUAGCUCUGGCUAUUGCUGAUCGAGAUCUCAUUGCAAAGCGCCUGAUUAUGGACGCGCAAGACAGCGAUGAAAAGCUGAGUGAUCUCAGACGAACACAUUCUCAUGAGAUCUCCCUCUUGAAACGCAGACUGGAAGAGGCUGAGAAAUCUUUGGGUGAAAAGACUCUGGAUUUGGAGAGGGCAAAAGAAAGAGUGUCAGCUCUGGAGGCCGAGCACAAACGGUUUGUGACUGAGAUUACGGAGGAAAAAGUUAAGCUCGAGACCGAGUUGACCGACACAAAGAGUGACCUAACCAAAGCCCUCAUUUCUGUCCGUCGCGCUGAACGAAAAGCAAUGCAGGCCACCAGUGAAAAGGAGGCACAGAACACUGCGAUCUUGCCUACCUUUCCAACUAGGCGGCUAACUUACGAUUCUUCUCUGCCAUCUACCAAACAGAUAUCAGCUCUAGAGUUGGAGUACAGUGAAAAGAUGGCAAAACUGAAGAAGGCCCAAUGCGAAGCAUCACGUGAGUCCCUAUUUCGACCUCCAUUGCCACCAUUGAACCGACCGGCCUACUUGACACCCGGCGAGGCGUUUAUUCAUCACGAUCUACCAAUACACUUCGCACUGGAGAACGGUGAGAAAAAGGCCAUCAGCUGUCACAAAACGAUAAAACCAACGAAACAUGAAGGAUCAGUUUUGGAGAGUCUUCCUGGUGAUCAACUAGAAUCUAUCCGUGAGACUCUGAACAAGUUGGCCAAUCUUGCAAAGCAGCUGGAACAGCAAUGA